UGGACGAUUCAAUGAGACCGCCACAGUUCACUCAAAAAUUGAAGAAUCUCACCAUCAAUGACGGCGAACAUUUGGAACUCACGGCCAAAGUCGACGGCGAUCCGGUGCCGCAAAUUACUUGGAGUAAAGACGGCAAGAUGUUGAGCUCGUCGGAGAUAAUUGAUCUCAAAUAUAAGAAUGGGGUGGCCACUCUCACGAUCAACGAGGUAUUCCCCGAGGACGAAGGCGAAUACGCAUGUCUCGCGACAAACAGCAUUGGCAGUGACACGACAUCCUGCAAGCCUGUAAAACCCGUGGAGAACGCUGCCAGAAAGAAACAGAGCGACGAAAAAUCGCCGAAGAUCGUCGACCACUUAACGAGCAGAUACGUGAAAGACGGCGAGGCUGUGACACUCGACUGCCGAAUAAUCGGCGCGAAGAAGUUCGACGUGGUGUGGCUGCACAACAAUAAGGAGAUCAAACCCAGCGAGGAUUUCCAAUACACUAGCGAGGUUAACAUCCACAAGCUAAUCAUCGCCGAGAUAUUCCCCGAGGACUCCGGCACUUACACGUGCGAAGCUUUCAACGACGCAAUAGAGAGCUACUCGUCGUGCACGUUAAGCGUACUCGCUCCAAACGAAGAGCCGAAAAGCCCAGCGUUCGCGACAUUCCCGCAGUCUGCAACAGUGAGUGAAGGCGAGUCGGUUACUUUCACGUGCAAGACUGAUACCGCGCCUUUGAAAGUGACUUGGUUGAAGGAUGGCAAGGCGAUCCCCGAGACAAGCAGCAGAUAUCACUUCAGCUCGGACGGCAGCACGUCCUUCGAGUUUGGCAUCAAGACGUGCACGGCCAGCGACGUCGGCCAAUAUUUAGCGCGUGCGAUCGGCCAGAAGGGUGAGACGAACUCGGCGUUCGCCCUCAACGUCGUCAAUCCCGGCGAGCUGUGAAAUCGAUCUUAAUACCGGGUUACACGCUUACACGUCGAUUAUCAUCGCGGUCGACGACCGAAUCGGAACAUCUCUAAUACAUUCUUCGCGGAGAAUACGUUUCUGGAUCACUUCGUGAAUAUUAAAGGGUACGCGUACACCUCGAUGAGUGGAUCUGUUUGUCUGAGAAUAGGUUCUACAAGAAGAGUGUAUUUUCCCCGCUCUCGUACGUGCUCUGUUCGUGGACGCCGUAACGAUCUCCGAGCGAUCGUUACCGCGUCUUCCACAUUCUGGCCUUUCUGCUUUCGCGAAAAUUAAUCGAAAUGCAUGCGAUGCGAGCGAAGAGUCGAGCCGGAGCAGCUCGGCCGCGGCGAAUAUUUUUUAGAGUGUAUGACGUCCUUGUACAAAAAAAAAGAGAGAACUGGAAGACUAAUAUUAAUCUCUCUUU